AUGGAGACGACGUUCGACAUGAUUGUGGAGAUGAUCACGGGAAGCAGGUGCUGCGUUGGGGAGGGCAAGAGGUUUGUACACAUGGCGGAAGAGGCUUUCCGGUUAAGCUCCAUUCCGAACCCUGCAGACUUCAUGCCGUUUUUGAGGUGGGUGGGGGUGAAUGGACUCCAGAAGCGAAUGCAGAGGUUGGAGAAAGAGAUAGAUGGUCUGAUCGAGGAGAUCGUCGACGAGAUACGAAGGAGGCGGACGAAGAAGGAAGGAAAGUGCACAGAGAGCGGUGACGCGGACAUGACUCUUGUCGUGGUUAUGCUUUCCAUGCAAGAGGAGAAUCCGCAGGUUUAUACAUAUAAUAUCACCCAAGGAAUGGUAGAGGUUCUGCUAUUAGCAGGAACCGAUAUGACUGCUGUAAGCAUGGAAUGGGCAAUGGCGCUCUUCCUCAACCAUCCCGAAGCCCUGCAGAAGGUUCACGACGAAAUAGAGACUCACGUCGGUCAUCAGCGCCUGGUGGCGGACUCUGAUAUCUCAAACCUCCGCUACCUCAACAAUGUCAUCAAGGAGACUCUCAGGUUGUUCCCUCCGGGUCCUCUCCUGGUCCCACGCGAGUCGACCAUGGAAUGCAAGGUAGGAGGCCUCCACGUCCCGCGCGGCACGAUGCUGUUGGUCAAUGCACAUAUGGUCCACAGAGAUCCCGAGGUGUGGGCAAACCCUACGAGGUUCAUGCCCGAGCGGUUCGAGACCGAGGAAGGAGAAGAAUACAAGUUCAGUCCCUUCGGAGCUGGAAGGAGGCGGUGCCCGGGGCAAGCCCUGGCCGAAAAGACCAUGGGGUUGGCGCUGGCGUCUCUGGUGCAGUGCUUUGAGUGGAGGAGUGUUGGAGAAGAGGAGGUGGAUCUCAGUGAGAGCGAGGGACUCACCGCUCCCAUGGCUGUUCCCUUGGAGGCUUUGUGCAUGCCUCGCCAAGCCAUGAGGUCGGUCCUGUCACAACUCUGA